AUGAGAUUUGGUGAGGCUUUUUCCAUUCAUAAGAAUGAAGACAAAAUUGCUGUGUUGGCUAAUGUGAUCUGUUUCCUUGUGCAAGCAAUGGAACGGGAAAAUGUACAGAAGAGGACGUUUACCAGAUGGAUAAACCUGCAUUUGGGAAAGUGCAAGCCUCCUCUGAAAGUGAAAGACUUGUUUAUUGACAUACAAGAUGGCAAAAUCUUGAUGGCACUACUGGAAGUCCUGUCAGGACAAAAGCUGAUGCACGAGUACAAAUCUUCAACCCAUCGCAUUUUUCGUUUGAACAACAUAGCCAAAGCCCUGAAGUUCUUGGAGGACAGUAAUGUAAAGCUUGUUAGCAUUGAUGCAGCAGAAAUAGCAGAUGGAAAUUCCUCUCUGGUACUUGGACUAAUAUGGAAUAUAAUCUUGUUUUUUCAGAUUAAGGAGCUGACAGGUAAUCUCAACAGGAACUCCUCCUCCUCCAGCCUGUCUUCUGGGCCCAGUGGUCCUGAGUCAGACACAUCCCAUCCCAGCACCCCCAGCGUGGAGAGAAACAUGCCUGUUACAGUGAAGGACCAGCGGAAAGCCAUCAGAGCCCUUUUAAUCUGGGUUCAGAGGAAAACCAGAAAGUAUGGUGUUGCAGUUCAGGACUUUACCAGCAGUUGGAGGAGUGGCCUUGCUUUCUUAGCUAUCAUAAAAGCAAUAGACUCUACUUUGGUGGACAUAAAAAAAGCACUGGAAAAGUCAGCUCAAGAAAACCUGGAGGAUGCUUUCAGCAUAGCUCAAAAUAAGCUGGGUGUUCCUCGGCUCCUAGAACCUGAAGAUAUCAUGGUGGAAUCACCCGAUGAACAGUCAAUUGUGACAUAUGUGGCACAAUUUCUGGAACACUUCCCAGAGCUGGAAGGGGAAGAUUUUACAGAUCCUGAGAAGGAGCUUCCAAUAGAAUUGACAUAUGUUCACAUCAAAGACUCACCCUCAGAAAAGGAAGGCAAAAUCUUGAUUUUAAGUGAAAGUCAAGAAAACAUGUAUAUGGUUAAUCAUGAAAGGAGUCAUCCUGCACCUCCAAAGGUUCAUAUCCAUGACACGCCUGAGAGAAUCCUAUCAGAAACCACUCCUGAAAAAUGUAAUGGGAAAUUCAGUCAAGUCUUAGGUGAUUUACAGGAAACAUCUGAAGAGGAACUUCAGAGGCCCACCUCACUGAAAAUUACAGGCUCUGUCAGUUUUGAAUCCAAUUCCUCUUGGGAAGUUCUAAGUGAUAAAUUGAUACCAGGUGAAGGGGGCAUAACUGACCCACUGAAACAGAACAAUGACUCUUCUCCAGCUAUUCCAACACAUCAGAAAAAUUAUACUGACUCUUUUGAAGACUACUCUGAAGAAUUAACUAAAGAAACCUCUACUGAAUAUGACAAUGAAACUAAGAGCCUUUCAGCCAAUACUUCUUCUUUGAGUCCAUUAUCCUGGACUUCAGGUAUACUUACAGAUGAAUCUAUAAGUAAAGUAGAAGAGAGCAAACCCCAUGCUUCAAGUAUUUUACCGGAAGGUACCUCAAAACAAGAAGAUACACAUAAGUAUGUUCUUCAACUUCUAAAUGAGGAAAUACUGAAGAUUCCACAAAAUGAACAUACAAAGCAAUCACCUGUCUUUGAGACAAUAGAAAAUAACCAUUGUUCACUGAAUGGUUCUAAUCUCAAAAGUGAAGAACAGUCUACAACGCAUGAAAUAUCUGAUGACUCUCUUUCAGAUAUAUCUAAAAAUCCCGAGGAUGUGGACAGCUGUGAUGAAGUUGACUCUUCAGCUGAAGUGCUACGCAGUUCUUCAAAAGUAUCUGUAAUACCCCAUAAUCUCUUUUAUUAUCCACAUUACAAUGUUCCCAUAUCAGCAGUUUUGGAUGCUUACCUUGAUCCUUAUAUUGAAGGGUAUGAUACUGGAAAUGACAAAGCUUCUUCUCAAACAGUAACGGAAAUUUUACAUGAGAAGAACUUACCAAAACAGAACUACCAGGAAGAUGCUUCAGAGCCAGACUUAGGGAAUAAGCCUGGUGUCCCCCCAUCAGAAGUUAAUACUGAGAAUGGCAAGGAGGAAACAACGGAUACUAACAGCCACAUUAAUUCUUCUGAUGAAGAAAUGCCAUUACUAGUAGAAGAAGAGUUAGAAAUCAAAAGAGAUAGCAAAAAGGCCACCAACCAUCAAGAUUCCACUAUUUCACAACAUCCUGAGGCCAUACUAGACCAUCAAGAGCAUUUAUCAACAGCUGUAGAGAGGCCAGAACAAAGUAGUAACGUGGAAGAAAAAGGGAAAAAUAUGAUCAAAGCAGAAGACUUACAGAUCUCAGAAGCUGGCAUUACUACUCUGUCACAAGAUAAACCAGAAGAAAUUGCUGAUUGUCAGGAACUUACCAGAACCAGUGAGAGUGAUUCCAACACAUACCUCCGAAAAAGAUCUCCUAAUACUACUGAGGAGGAAACUUAUGUUGAAAAUGAGAAGAUGACAGACAUGGGUGAAAAUCCAUUAAUCAUCAGGAAGAAAAAGGACUUAGAGGCAAGUGAGACUCCAGCACCAACUCAUGAGAUUGUGAUUGUUGAGCAGCCAGAGCUAUUCUACUUCAUCCUUUUCUUCUGGGUGCUGGUUUACUGCCUCUUACUCAUUCCACAGUUUCGCAGCAACAAAGCUUGA